CAUUUAUACCAGACAUUGGAAACGUAUGUUUUGAAUAAAAAAAAUUAAGUAAACAAUAUUCAAAAAAAUACAAAGUUAACUGGAUAGUAUAUAAACAACAUACAAACAAAAAAUAUAUACUGAAAGAACAUAAAACAUCGGAGUUUCAGGGAGACUACAUGGAGACUCGUUAGAAUGGACCAGAUAGAGCAAUUGCUAACUUGCCCGGUUUGUCUUGACCGUUUUAAACAACCGAAGAUACUUCCAUGUCAGCAUACAUUUUGUUUGAGACCAUGUUUGCAAAAUUUAGUGACGGCUCGCAGCAUUCGAUGUCCAGAAUGUCGUUCUACACAUCUUCUGCCUCGUAAUGGUAUCAAUGGACUUCCAAAUAAUUUAACCAUUGUUAAGUUUCUUGAUCUUCCCACCCAGAGAUCUUCCCCUAAGGAAAUCGUUUGCCAGGAAUGUGGCAAGAAGAGCUGUGAACCAGAAAAAUGCAAUCAUUGUGAAAAACUUCUUUGCGAAAAUUGUUUGACGAAACAUUCACAUAUACUGAAGCAAGAUUUAGACAGAGCAGUUUCACAGGUCAAAAGACUUCUCCCUAAGGUAUCAGAACUCAUCUCAGACCUUGAAGAAAGGCAAAAGAAGUCAAAAGAAAAUGGGGAGGCAGUGAAACUAGAAAUUGCGCAGUCUGUUGAACGUUGCAUUUCUGAACUCCAGUCAAGAAAACAGCUAUUGAUGGAAGAAGUUGAGGCUUUUGUCGCCGUAGAAACAAGAUCUCUACAGACUGAACAAGAAAAUCUACAACUAGAACUAGCGACAAUGAGCAGUUUCUGUGAGAAUGCCGAGAACAAGUCAAGCUCAGUUGCAGAAAAUAACGGGUCAUCAACAAUGACAGCGAAGCGUCAAUUACAGACUGAAGUCCUUCAGUUGACUCGACAAAGCAAGGAGCAUGUAAGAAACAACAGAACUGUAACAAAUAAUAUUGAAGACAAAAUUGGGAGAUCAAUAAAGUUUCAGAGGGAAGGGGAACGCUCCUUGCUUUGCUCAAUUUCUGAUUUUGGCGGAAUUUCGUUUCAUGUUCCUUCAAAAUUAUCAAUGACCUUCGGUAGUGACCUUGUGAUCAAUGAUGCGGAAAUACGACGUGCAAUCAACAGAGAACACAGCCCGAGAUUUGGACGGAGGGCAGAUACUUUUGAUAUAGAUCUAUCAUCUUAUACACCGACACCAAGUCUUCUGGCCCGUCCCGAGUCACCGAACCUAAACGAGACGUCAAGAAACAGAAUCGAACCAAUUCCGUCUCUUAACCCUCGUUUCCGUGGCAACAAUCGACGCCGGGGUCGUGGAGGUCGCACUUCGAAUAUAUCUUCAUAUUUGACAAUAGGAAAUGAACGUCCAUCACCCACGAGUUCUACUGGAGGGAGUCAAGAGUUUGCACCGCAUGUGACUGGCGUCCGAACAACAUUAUGGCAGUAUAGGAGCAAGGGACAAGUAAAAAAGUGUUUCGGAAUGAAAGGCAGUGAUAUCGGAUGUAUGAAUUGGCCGAGAGGUAUUGCCGCUACACCAGAUGGAAACAUAGUGGUCGCUGACAGCAGUAAUCAUAGGAUUCAGAUUUUUGAUUUGUCCGGGACAUCAAUUCAUACGUUUGGAAGUUACGGAACAGGCUUUGGUGAAUUUGAUUGUCUUGCUGGAGUCACUGUGACAUCACAAGGAUGGAUUAUUACAUCAGACAGAUAUAAUCAUCGCGUUCAAAUAUUUGAUUCUCAGGGAAGAUUCAUCAGGAUGUUUGGAGAGGAAGGGUCUGGUGAGGGUGAACUGAGUUAUCCUUGGGGAAUAGCAACCGACAGCAUGGGAUUUGUCUACGUCUGCGAUAAAGACAAUCAUAGAAUUCAGGUUUUUACUCUUGAUGGAACAUUCAUUCGCAAAUUCGGUCGAGUUGGUUCGCAGGAUACCCAAUUUGACAGCCCGCAAUAUCUUUCAAUAACUCAGGAUAGUAAGGUUGUUGUUGGAGACAGUGGAAAUCAUCGAAUUCAAGUCUUCGAUAAAUAUGGAAGGUUUCUGUACAAGUUUGGGUCGGAAGGUACCAGUGAUGGACAGUUCAAAUAUCCAAGAGGUGUCGCUACAGAUCAACAUGGGAAUAUCAUCGUUGGGGACAGCGGAAAUAAUCGAAUUCAGAUAUUUCGCAAUGAUGGAAGCUUUUUAUCCAGUUUUGGCAGCUGGGGUUCUGAGCCUGGACAAAUGAAAGGGUUGGAAGGGGUUGCAAUUCUACGGAACGGAGACAUUGCAGUCAGUGAUAGAGAGAAUCACAGAAUACAAAUAUUCUGACAUUCAGAAUGAGAUCCGUUUGCUCAACAGUUGAGCUUUGUGUGCUCGAAUUUCACUGCAUUUGAUCGAGUCUGAGAUAUUGUUAGAUUCCGCGCCAUCCGCAGCAUGGCCCAUACUAGGGUGUCUGGUUCGGGUCUGCUACAAGUUUCUGGUUUUCGUGGUCUCAAAUCCGGAUUUUUUCGGUUUUUGCUAGUUCAUGUUCUUCCGAAAUGAUAUGUGCACUUUUUUUUUAUAUAUUACAAAAUGAAGAAAGGUUCUUAAGAAUUUAAAUUUAUAUCUCGCUUUCAAUUUUUUUCAUAAUAACAGUUUCAAUGAGUGCAUUUUUGGACCGUAUUUUCUUGGUGAAAUUGUAUUCAAUCAAAAUGCGUUUGAGAAUUUUAAAUGAACACUAAUGCUAAAGCUACAUUGCUAAAUUAAUUGAUAUGAGUUCAGUUACUACAACUCAUAUUAUCACUUGGUUCCGAACGCCGCCUUCACUAAUUACUGCCUGUGUACAAAUUUAUGAAUGCGUGGCACGAUUUCGGAAGACAUCAAGUAGUACUGAAAACUUGAUAUUGAUUUAAAAUAAACGGCUUUCGGAUUACAAGAAGUGCUCCAACACUCAGUUUUGAACUUCGGGUAAACCCAGGUCAGACACCCAAGUGCCACAUUGGCGAUAAUACCUCAUGUAUAUUCUUGAAAUCAUUCCGUUUCCCAAGUGCCAUUCCUUUGUAUUCGAUAUUUUUGUUAUUUGUGGAAUGUACAAACAUGCGAAUCAUGUUUAAUAUAAUUUAGUUCAUUUUAUAAUCAUCAUUAUUAUGAGAUCACUGUGGAUGCAUUAUUACAUCGUAACCUAUUGCACUAUUAUGUCUUGUUCACUGUCAUUGUAAUAAAUUUUAUCAGGAAUAGUGAAUAAUUUUUGAUGAUGCAUCAAUUCUGACUUACCAGGUUUUAAAAUUUUGGGUUCGAGCCAUCAUGGCCUAAUCAAUAUUUCAUCAAGUCUUGUCUGCUAAAAGCUGUUUUCUCUGUUCCAAUAUUUGUUUCCACUGAAUAGGUGGUUCAGGUACCUGCUGGUCGGUUCUGGCUUCCUCCACCAUACAAGUGCGGUAGGAUUUACGAAUUUAUACCGGGGGAGAGGAAAGCCGUUAAAACUAAUAUGGCUAAUGAUUGACGAAAAAAUAAAUCUUUCUCUAUCUAACCACGGACUCUCGUCCGGUUAUCGUGCCAGUUCAUGUCAGGUGUGGGUAGGCUUAGCACAAUCCGCAACACCGCCGAGCCAUACCGGUACCCUACAUGGACUGGUACCAUAACCGGACGAAAACCGUACUAGCGGGCUUCUUCUUCC